GAAAGACGCGCCUUGGUCGGCCUCCAUUAUUGGCUCCAUGCCCCCACUCUCCCAAGUCCCUACACGGUCUUCCCUCCUCACUCCUGAGUCUUCAGAUCUGCUCCUGCCUCCUGGGGCUCUUCCGCUAGCUCUUGUAUUGUGCUGCGUCUGCUGCCUCUGUAUUCAGCUCGCGACCGUGGUUCUGCUCGUCGUCGAUCGUUUCCCUUGCCGGCCAAGGCUUCAACAUGCAUUGACCUGAUUGCGGUAGCGCUGCCUAUUCCUGCUCCUGUCUGGUUUGGCUUGGGUUUGCAACUGAGUAGAAGCUGCAACCAGGGCACGCAGCAGACUGAAACACCAGCUGACCUGGGAGUGCCCGAGCAAGCGAGAGAAUGCAGGUCGUCACGGGGGCGAUGGGCACCCUUCUGCCCAAGCUGGCCAACCUGCUCACGGAGGAGUACAAGCUGCAGAAGAACAUCAGGGGCGAGAUCAUGUUCCUCAAGGCCGAGCUGGAGAGCAUGGAGGCUGCCCUCCUCAAGAUAUCCAAGGCGCCGAUCGAUCAUCCACCUGACAUUCAAGUAAAGCUUUGGGCUAGGGAGGUCAGGGAGCUAUCCUACGACAUUGAAGAUAGCGUUGACACCUUCAUGGUGUGCGUCGACACCCAUAUGCCAACGGAAGCGAAGCCGCUUAGCUUCAGGGGCUUCUUUGAGAAAACAAUCAAUCUACUGACAAGGGCCAAGAUCCGCCAUAACAUAGGCACUGAUAUCAGAAACAUCAAAACCCGUAUCAAGGAAGUUGGUGAGCGGCGUGAUAGGUACAAAGUAGAUAUUAUUGAUAUUAAGCCUCUUGGCCCAACUAUAGAUAGCCUUCGGCUAUCAGCUCUGUACAAAAGGGCAACAGAGCUCGUUGGUACCGGACCGACGAGUCUUGAAUUAGUCAAGAGGCUGUUGGAUGAGCAUGAGGCAUCGACGCAUAAACAACUCAAGAUAGUCUCAAUUGUUGGCUUUGGGGGAUUGGGCAAGACAACUCUUGCUAAAAUAGUGUAUGAGAUGCUAAAAGGGCAAUUUGAUCGCGGGGCUUUUGUUUCGGUGUCCCUUAAUCCUAACAUGAUUAAUAUUUUCAGUAACAUGCUCCAUCAACUUGGCAACUCCAACUACGAAGCAACGUGGAAGGAAGAACAAUUCAUUGACGAACUAAGAAAAUUCCUUUGGGACAAGAGGUACUUCAUUGUUAUUGAUGACAUAUGGAAUAUUUCUGUGUGGGAACAGAUUCAUUAUGCUUUGAUCGAGAAUGAACGGGGGAGUAGAAUAAUCACAACAACUCGUAAAUUAGAUGUUGCCAGACAAAUUGGUGGUGUUUAUCAACUAAAACCCCUUUCUCUUGAUGACUCAAGAAAGUUAUUCUACCUCAGAAUAUUUGGCGUUGAAGACAAAUGUCCUCCUAAUGAAUUGGCUAGAGUAUCUGAGAAUAUUUUAAGGAAAUGUGGUGGUGUACCAUUGGCUAUCAUUACAAUAGCUAGCGUGCUGGCCAGGCAAAAGGGAAAGGAAAAUACACAUAACUACUGGUCCAAGGUGUACCAAUCAAUGGGUUCUGGGCUAGAAGAUAGUUCUGAUGUUAACGACAUGAGAAGGAUACUAUCAAUCAGUUAUUAUGAGCUACCUCCACAUCUAAAGGCUUGUUUGUUGUAUCUAAGUUUGUAUCCAGAGGAUUAUAAGAUUAGUACAGAAGCUUUGAUAUGGAAAUGGGCAGGUGAAGGUUUUGUCCGCAAAGAACAGGGGAAGGCCAUGUAUGAAGUAGGUGAGGAUUAUCUUGAGGAGCUAGUUAACAGAAGUAUGAUCCAACCAGAAGCCAUUGACAGUGAUGAAACAGUAACCUCGUUUCGUGUACAUGAUAUGGUGCUUGAUCUCAUCACUUGCUUAUCAAAUGAGGAUAACUUUCUAACAACAUUAGAUGGCCAAAGGUCCAUUUAUCUUCCAAAUAAGAUACAUCGACUAUCCCUCCAAACCAGCAAUGAAGAUGAUGUGAAGCGGCUAUCAACUGUGAGCUUGUCCUAUGUGAGGUCACUUACUGUGUCUGCAAAAGCUUUCGAUUUGUCGCCAUCCCUUUCGAGCUUUCCAAUCUUGCGUGCAUUGGAUUUAAGUGGUUGUAAGCAAGUGGUUAACCAGCAUUUUAGGGAUAUCUGCAAUGCGUUUCACCUUAGGUAUUUGGGACUACAUUCCACGAGCAUCACUAAGAUCCCGAAAGAGAUUGAGAAUCUCCAGUUUUUGCAGAUACUGGACGUAAGUUGGACUGGAAUUAAAGAGCUGCCAUCAACCUUUGUUCAACUGCAACAACUGAUGUACCUGUGUGUUGACUAUCAAGUGAGAAUACCGAAUGGGUUUGGAAAUCUCAAAUAUAUGCAAGAAAUGAUCGGUUAUAUCGAUGUGGAGUCUCCGACCAUGCUUCAUGAUUUGGACGGGCUGAUAGAGUUGAGGUCUAUAAACUUACGGUUUGAUAAAUGGGAUAAGAGCUACGGAAAGCAUGUCACCCGAUUGCUAUCUAAUAUGGUCAGUCUCAAACACAUAGAACUUUAUGGAUGCAACGGCGACCUAGAUUCUCAAUGUGACAGGUUAUCACCCGGACCUCAACAGCUUCAGAACAUACAGCUGGUGUGUGGCAUCAUCCAUGCAGUGCCAAGAUGGAUGUCCUCCCUCUCGGCCCUCUCCUCUCUAUCGAUCGCGUUACAAACACUGGGAGAGGAGGACCUUCAACUCCUUGGAAGCAUGCCAUAUCUUUCUUCUCUUUCCGUUAAGGUGGCGGAACAAACACAAGACAGAGAAAAGAAAUUGGCCAUUGGCAAUGUUCAUCCAUUCAGGUGUCUAAAAAUGUUUUGUAUACGGCAAACCAUAGAGGUGGCGUUUGCACCCGGAGCCAUGCAAAAUCUCAUAACCUUUCAUUUAGCAUUUGAGUUGCGACAAAUAAUGGAUCAAUUUGGUGAUCCCAACUUUGGCCUGGAGAAUCUCUCUUCACUUGUGGACGUCUCUGUUGAGAUGAAUUGUUCGAAAGCCAUGAUCGGGGAGGUCAUAUAUGCAGAGGCUGCAAUUAAGAAAGCAGUGAACUUAAAUCCUAAGAAGCCCACAUUGAAUUUGGUAAAGCUCUUGGUGGAUUGGACUAGAUAACCGGCCAAUAUCUGCGCGUAUAUUAGUUCUCAUGCAACAAAUGUUGGAUUAUGCAUGGUAUUUGUCAAUCGACGGGUGUGUGAUCAACCGCGUAGGAGAACUGUGUGUUAAUGUUUUGCAGACACGACGAGGCCGAGCAACAGCUAGCACACUCUGCAGAUUCUGGUUGGGCCUUUGGAGUUUGUGAAGGAUUUUCUCAUUUCAUGGAAAAUCUGUCAAUGCAUGUACCUUGUUCACUUGAUAAUGAAGAAGGCACUACUCCAGUUCCCUUUAGGCAGCUAUAUGCGCAGGGCCUUUUGGGACAGCCAAAAGCAAACGUUCGUAGCAAAGGUGGCCAAGUGGGCCGGGUUAAAUGGGUCGGUAUAAGGCACAGUUAUUUUGGCCUGGCCCAGGUGGUGGCUAACGGGUUGGCCAGCACGACACAACGGCCUGAGCCGUACCUGGACUGGAGCCGCGGCACGCCGGGCCGGCACGGUACGACCCGUUUAAGUUUUUUUUGUUUUUUAAGAUAUUAUAUAAUUUGUUUAGAUCUAAUAUCAUAUAGGUGCAAUGAUAACAUGUUUGAUUCCUAUGAGUGUGAGUUUUUGUGAUUUUUUUUUUAAUUUUUCACGGGUUAACGAGCCAAAAAAGGUCAUCGAACUUACCGUAUCGUAGGUUGGCAUGGUAUGACCCGAUUUUAAGUGGGUUGUGCCUGGGGUGGCAUUGUGGCAUGUGGGUUGGUACGGUAUGACUCGCUUGGCUAACGGGUCUAGCCGAGUUGUGCCUAAAUGGACCCGUGCUGGGCCGGACCGUCCAUUUAGCCACCUUUAAUUCGUAGGUUGUUUUCUACCUAUAGUUUGUCACGCAUUCUGAAGUAAUCUGUUAAUGCUGUAGGAAGUUUCAGUUCACUCGAGAAACUGUUCUUUCAGUAAAUUUCUCGCGGAUUUUAUUUCAGUAUGUUUGUAAUAUGAGCUCAGAUCCAACUUAUCUUGAUUACCCAGAUCGCGCUACAUAAGUUUGCUUAAUGCAUAUUUGUGCAUUAUUUUUUCCUUA